AAGUCGAAAUUUGCGGAAUUUGAAUGAAGUGAUUUCCCUUAGUUGAAAAUAUCAUCCUCUUUGCGCAUGCGCACUUCACCUUCCUUUGCCGGCUAACGAGGACAAGUAGUUAAACCAGACAUCAAACAUGUCUAUCAAAGUUGGAAUUAACGGUUUUGGUCGUAUUGGCCGUCUGACAGCCAGAGCUGCCCUGGAGCAGUCUGCAGACCAGGUCACUGUGGUUGCCAUUAAUGACCCCUUCAUCUCUCUGGAGUACAUGGUGUACAUGUUCCGUUACGAUACCACUCACGGAAAAUUCAAGGGAACUGUUGAGGCUAAGGAUGGAAAGCUGGUGAUCAAUGGCAAAGCCAUCUCUGUAUAUAUGGAGAGGGAAGCAGGUGCCAUUCCAUGGGCCAAAGAUGGAGCUGACUAUGUCGUGGAAUCUACUGGUGUCUUCACCACCCUUGACAAAGCUGGUGCCCAUUUAACUGGUGGAGCUAAGAAGGUGAUCAUCUCUGCCCCCUCCGCAGACGCCCCUAUGUUUGUGGUUGGUGUGAACGAAGACAAAUAUGUAAAAUCCAACAAUGUGGUCAGCAAUGCAUCUUGCACAACAAACUGUCUGGCUCCUCUUGCCAAGGUGAUCAAUGAUGAGUUCGGCAUUGUUGAGGGUCUGAUGACGACGGUGCACGCGUACACCGCCACGCAGAAGGUCGUUGAUGGUCCCAGCAUGAAGGACUGGCGUGGAGGAAGGACCGCUGCACAGAACAUCAUUCCAUCGUCCACUGGCGCAGCAAAGGCUGUAGGAAAAGUCAUCCCAGAACUGAAUGGAAAGUUGACGGGUAUGGCUUUCCGUGUGCCGGUACAGGAUGUGUCAGUUGUCGACCUGACUGUUCGAAUUGAAAAGGGGGCCAGCUAUGAUAAGAUCAAGGCAGCAAUUAAGGCCGCAUCUGAAGGAAAAAUGAAGGGUAUUCUCGGCUACACAGAAGAAGCCGUCGUCUCAUCUGACUUCAUCGGAGAUAACCACAGCAGUAUCUUUGAUGCCUCUGCCGGCAUCUCCCUCAAUGACAACUUUGUCAAGCUUGUGUCAUGGUAUGACAAUGAGUAUGGUUACAGCAACCGUGUGGUUGAUUUGAUCAAACACAUGGCAAAAGUCGACGGCAAGUAAUCAGCUGAUGAGCCCAGCCAAGCUGUAGUGUGCUAAAAAAUCGCUGCAGAUGUUGGUCCUAUAGACUAAACUCUAUAUAGUUUUGUAACUUUGUGUUUUAUUUAAAAGAAAGUUAUGACCUUUAGUCUUAAAAUGGAGGGUACAAACUCUGGACUUCCUUGAAUAAGAUUGUAGUGGUUUUAGAAUUUUGUUUAUUAUCGAGUUUAGUGCUAUCAAUAGUGUUAAGAAUUUCGUUGUUGUCAUCUAAGCACAAGCCAACAAACACUUUUUUUGAAUACAAUAAAACCAGGUUUGCAUCCGAUUUUAUCUUACACCUGACUCUUAUUCUCUGUGAUUUUACCCCAUAAUAUUGUGCUAUCUUGGAGAGAUUGUAUUCCACAAUUUACAUAGCCUUACUUUUCUGUUUCAAUUGUGUAAGAUUUGUUUUUAUAAUUAUUAUUAUGUUAUUAUUGGGUCUUCAUUGACCCUCCCAACACGCAAAUAGUGCUAUAAGAACCAUUGUAGCUGUGUUGAUUAAAAGUUACAAGGAUU